AAAUUUUCUCAUCGCAACUUUUUUAGUUUGUUGUUAUUUUGACUUCUAGUAAACAUCAUAGUGUUUUGUACUUUUUUUUUGUUUCUCAAUUGCAAUGAGUAAAGGAUUUUUACCACCUCGAUUAUCUGUUUAUCAGGCAACUGAAUUUGAUGGUAAGCGAUUACGAAAAGCAAUUUCUCGAAAAACAGUUGAUUACAAUUCAUCAGUUGUAAACAUGAUUGAGACAAAUCGUUGGGCAAAAUAUUCCGAUGAUAGAGGAGCCAUUCAACCUGAUUAUGGUUAUUAUCCACUGAUAUUGCCUCCAAUGUCUUACAUCGACAAUUCAGUUAAUUGUGUCACAACUAAAUUUGUUAGAACAUCAACCAAUAAAAUGAGAUGUCCAAUAUUUUGUACAAUUUGGACACCUGAAGGUCGACGAUUAGUCACUGGUGCCUCAAGUGGUGAAUUCACUCUGUGGAAUGGUUUGACAUUCAAUUUUGAGACAAUUUUACAAGCUCAUGAUUCCGCUGUUCGAGCAAUGGUUUGGUCCGUGGACGAUUUGUGGAUGGUAACUGCUGAUCAAUCUGGUAACAUUAAGUAUUGGCAGAGUAAUAUGAACAACGUUAAAAUGUUUGGGGCUCACGAAAAUCCAAUCAGAGGUCUUUCCAUGAGUUCGUCAGGGGCUAAAUUUGCCACCUGUUCUGAUGACGGAACCAUAAAGAUAUGGGACUUUUUAAAAUGUAUUGAAGAACUAACUCUUCGAGGACAUGGGGCUGAUGUUAAAGCUGUUGAUUGGCAUCCAGAGUAUGAUUUGAUUGUUUCGGGCAGCAAAGACAGUCAACAACCUGUUAAGCUAUGGGAUCCAAGAGUUGGCACCAAUUUGGCCACCUUACAUGCACAUAAAAAUACUGUAAUGGACGUGAAAUGGAACCAAAACGGAAAUUGGCUUCUAACCGCUUCACGAGAUCAUUUGAUCAAAAUUUUUGAUAUCAGAAAUAUCAAAACGGAAAUGCAAGUUUUCAGGGGUCAUAAAAAAGAAGCCUGUUGCUUAGCUUGGCAUCCAAUUCACGAGUCUCUUUUCGCUAGCGGUGGAUCGGAUGGCUCCAUUUUAUUUUGGGAAGUGGGGGUUGAAAAAGAAAUUGGUGGAAUGGAGUCAGCUCAUGAUUCUAUUGUAUGGUCACUAAGUUGGCAUCCUUUAGGUCAUAUUUUAGCCUCUGGAUCUAAUGAUCAUUCGUGUAAAUUUUGGACAAGAAAUCGGCCUGGUGAUAGGAUGGGGGAUAAAUAUAACCUUAAUGAAACAAAAACACAAGAAUCUGAAUAUUGUGAAAUGGAAAUUUUUGACACCAUACCGGGUAUUUCUAAAGGAGGAAGUGAGGAUAUUUUCCCUGGAUUGGCUGCAAAUAAAUCACCUGUUGAAAUCUGUUCACCUGUUGAAUCAAAAUUUGAAGAGGAAGGUGAACAACAGCGAAAAGUUCCAUUCUCGAAACCUAUUCCAAAAGAUUUCGCUAAUCAAUGGUCUGAGAAGAAAUGUCAACCUGUGAUGCUUUCAUCGAGUGAGAUGGAUGAACAAUAUAGUCUUGAUCAUCACCAUCACAUGGAUCUAAAUUACAAUUUACCACCACCAAACCGACCUCCAUAUAUUCAUGGUCCUCCACCAAUGAGACAACCUUAUCAAUACCCUCCUGGUCCACCUCCAAUGCCUCCUCAUAUGAGACGUGAUGAUAUUCAUAGCGGAGAUAUUGAUUAUCGUUAUCAUAUGAAUAAUGAACAUUAUCCUCAAAUGUAUCCUCAUCAUCCUGAAGACAAUUCGUUUGGAAAUUUCCAUGGUUUUCUGGACGAACACCCAAAAGGAAACACUUUUCAAAUCGAAAACAAAGAUCUUUUUAAAUUUAUUGGACAUAUUUCUGUAUUUUAAUAUCUUUGAAUUCGCAAAAAAAUAAAUAAAAUUAAUUCUAUUUAA